AUGGUCUAUUAUUAUCUCAACAAGAAAACUUUUCAAAGCUCCCUCUGGAACUGGCCAAUUCUUGGGAUGUCUCCGGGUUUGCUUGUGAGGAUUCAAAGGAUACAUGAAAGCGCCGAAGUUCUUGAGAACUCUAACAUGACGUUCCCAUUCAAGGGUCCAUGGUUUUCUGGGAGUGAUAUAUUGGUCACGGUCGAUCCAGCUAAUAUUCAUCAUAUAAUGAGUUCAAAUUUCUCCAACUACAUCAAAGGUGAAGAUUUCCAAGAGAUCUUUGGAUUUUUCGGAGACGGGAUAAUCAACUCAGACGCCGAGCGAGCUAGCAAGCUGAAGAAGUGUUACCAUGCCCUUCUCCAUCACCAAGGGUUUCAGAGGCUUUCAAUGAGUGCCACAACAAGCAAGCUUAGGGACGUGCUCUUGCCUCUUUUCAACCAUUUUGCAGAGGAAGGGACGGUCGUGGACUUGCAAGAUGUUUUCAGGAGAUUCACCUUUGACACUACCCUAGUUACAAUAACCGGGUCUGAUCCUAGAACACUCUCCAUUGAAAUGCGUGAAGAUGAGUUCGUUAAAGCAUUCGACACUGUCGGAGAAGCGAUUGUGUAUAGACAUCUUACACCAAGAUUCUUUUGGAAGGUGCAAAAGUGGAUAGGGUUCGGACCAGAGAAGAAGAUGGUAGAAGCUGAUGCAAUAAUUGAUCGUGUUUGUUCAAAAUACAUAUCGGCUAAGAGAGAUGAGAUCACACAACAUGAUGAUGUUUUAACUUUUUUCAUAAAACUAGAUACAGCCAAGUACGAGCUCUUGAGUCCCAUUGAUGAUAAAUUCCUAAGAGAUGUUUUCGUGGGUUUCAUCGUAGCGGGAAGAGACACCAUGGCCUCAUCUCUGUCUUGGUUCUUCUGGCUUUUAUCUGAAAAUCCUCAAGUGACAACUAUAAUUCGCGAAGAAAUCAACAAGAAUACCGGAUUUGACCUAGAGUACUUGGACAAGCUCGUGUACUUACAUGCCACGUUGUAUGAAGCAAUGAGACUCUACCCACCAGCUCAGUUCCAACGAAAGACUUCUGUAAAACCAGACGUGCUUCCAAGUGGGCAUAAAGUGGCUGCGAACUCUACAGUCAUGUUCUUUCUUUACGCGAUGGGGAGGAUGAAAUCUAUAUGGGGACACGACGCAUUGGAGUUUAAGCCAGAGAGAUGGGUUUCAGAGACAGGAAGGUUGAGACAUGAACCGUCCUACAAGUUCUUUUCGUUUAAUGCCGGGCCAAGGACUUGUCCUGGUAAGCAUACAGCUAUGACUGAUAUGAAGAUAAUAGUGGUGCAGCUAUUACUAGAGCUGUCAAAUGGGCCGCCCAGAGCCCAUUUGGGCUUGACCAUUUAG